AUGUCUUCCUGCACGAGCGAAAAUAACGAUGGCCAACACAAAGAGACACUUCUUGACGCAUACCGACAUGGCCAUUAUAUACAACCGAAGAACGAAUCGCUCAUAGCUCAAGAUCCAAGGAGGAGAUCAAUAGCUCAUGAUACCGAUAUCAAUAUCAAUGAUAAUGAUAAUGAUAGUGACCAUAACAUCGUUGAUGACGCGAUGUCAUCUCCAUUAGUUGAUGAUAUGGUAUCAACAGAAUUACAUCUGUCAGCAUCACAUUUACCUACUCCAUCUAUCACUUCAAGUUCAAUCAAUUCAUCGAUAGACACAGAUAUUGAAACUAUUUCUGGCACUCCACAGAUACCUGAUUUUGGUAGGUCUGUUACUUCUGAAAUCCCACAAACGUCCGAUACAAUGACAGAUUAUAAUGUGAAUAUCAUCACGGCUACAAACAUUGGAUCUGAUAACGAUCAUGGUAAUGCCAUUGAUACGAAACACAAUCCAAAUAAUAAUACAGAUACAAAUACCGUUACGAAACCGAAUGCAAACGCGAUUGAUUCGUUGAACUCGCUUGAUAAAUUGCGUCAAUUCAAAGCUGAAGUGGAAGCUUCGAGGAAACGUCAAUCAAGCGCAUCUUCUUCUUCUCGUGGUCCAGGACCUGGUCCCGGCUCUUGUCCUGGUUCUGGCCCUGGUAUCGAAAAUAGCAAUAGUGUCGUCAACGGUAUGGGAAUAAUGGAGAUUGAACCUUGUCAAUUAGCCAAAAUGGCACAAUCAUUCAUAACUUCACAACAAAAACCAAUUCAACCUUCUCCUACCACGAACCAAAACCAAGGACAAACAUCUACAUCAGGAGCAGCGUCAAAUGGGCAUCAUGUUGUUGAAGGUUACGAUCAAUAUAACAGACUUGCUAGAGAACAAGAACUGAGAGAAAAACUUAAGUCUCGUACCAUAUCAAAUUCAGGUACACCUACACCCACACCUACACCUGAUGGAUUCAUGGAUAUCGAUCAUGAUCAUGCUUCUACUUCUACUUCAACUACGACUGGAAUUAAGAGAGAAAGAUCCCAGAUUCAUGAUGAUAUCUCCUUGACUCAUGAGCAUCACAAUAUCGGUCGUGCCGAUACCGAAAGUAAUCGUACGAGAAAUUCAUCUGAACAUGCUCGUGAACAUGUGAUUUAUACUAAACCAGAGAUUCUACCACCUCACCCAAAUGAUGAAAGAUUCACGAGAAGAGAUCUACAAUCCACGAAUUAUAAUCCUAGUCAAACGAAUUUCGUUCCUUCGAGAUAUCAAAAGCAAACAUACCCUCAAGAACAAUCAGAUCAUUAUGAUAUAUCAUCUCCAAUGGAACCACAACAUGAUAUUAGAGAAUCAGGAGCUAGGUAUAGAGGUUCUCCCGAUACUAGGUAUGAACGUAAAAGUCUAGCCAAUCGUAUAUCUGGAGUAGGGCAAGUACGACGUCCUGCUCGAUCGCCUUCUCCGCCCCGUCACUUAUCAAGAGAAUAUCGAAGACCGAUCUCACCUCCUCCUCCUCCACCACCUCAAUCGAGCAUAAGAGCACGAGAGUACGCUCGGCAACAUAGUCCACCACAUCAUUAUCCUGAUCCAAGAACAUCCGUCGGAUCUGGCUAUCCCGAAUUGGACCCAUACGAUGUUUAUGCAGCUGGAAGAGCACCACUCGCUAGACCUAGAGGUAUCCCAGAUCAUUACGACAGAUCUCGUUCGCCAGGUUAUAGCAGACCCCCACCGCCACCGCCACCGCAUUAUCCGCCAAGGGGUUAUGAUAGGGAUCCAAGAUAUGACAGACUACCGCCACCCCCUCCUCCACCUGCAUUUGGCGAUUACAGAAGACAACCUAUAGAUGAUCGACAUGAUCGACCUCCCCCAAAUUCAAAUGUCGAUACUAACAACGUAAAGGAAACACUCGAAGCUCUAAAAGCUCAAAUUUCCAAAUUGGAGAAACUCGUUCCAACCAACAUCCCACCGCCACCUCCACCACCACCUCUUGAACAGAGGGAAUAUGAGCCAUACGAUCCGUAUGCGGCUUAUGCAAGACAAUAUGACCAAAGACCAAGAUCACCUCAUCCAAGGGAAAGAGAAACGGAGUAUGACAGUAGACCGCCCCCUCAAGGCCAUCAUCAUCACCCUCAUCAUCAUCAACAUCAUCCUCGAGGUGGACGUCAUUCAACCUACACAACAAGAGACGACGCUGACCAUAGAGGUGGCAGAGGAGGAAGAGGUGGAAGAGGCUAUGCUGCUAGCGGUGGUCAUGGUGGUCACGGUGGUCAUGAUAGUUACGAUGAUCAUCAAGGUGAUUUUGAUACGGAGAGGGGUAGAGGCGGGAGAGGUGGUAGAGGCGGAAGAGGUCAUGCUGCUAGAGGUGGUCAUGGUCGUUACAGUGGUGUUGAUAGUCACGACGAUCAAGGAGCUGAUUUCGAUAUAGAGAGCGGAAGAGGUGGCAGAGGACGAGGAAGAGGAGCUAGACGAGGAGGGAGAGGUGGCCGAUAA